AUGGAUGGAAUAGGCAUGGCCGUCGGUUCGUUACUGUGGAAUACAGUAACAUGCAUCAUUGGCUGGGCUGUAUCCCGAUUUGGAUUAUUCGGGAGCCUCAAAAAAGUGCCUUAUGAUAAUGUAAUGAAUAUCAUCGGAGUCGUCGUCGUAUGUAUUGGAGGAUGUUUCUUUGCAACGAUCAAGCACCAUCCAAUGACGCCUCGGCCUGCUCCUUGGCAAUUGUCGCUAAUGCGAGAUGGCAACGCGUCAAAGCCCGAACAAGAAAGGACGGUUCCCACAUCAACAAGAAUAACGUAA